UAAGUGAAGGCCAAGAAGGCGCGGGUCGUCUUUUUGUACGCAGUGGUGACGUCUUUUAUCUCCUUUUUGAAAAUUUCUCAUUUAUCUUAUAAAUUUUAUCACUAAUUUAUUAUAAAAUGGCUACAGAAGUUGCUACAAAUCCAGAAAUUCCUUACGUGGGUGCAGUUGAGAAUGGUUUGGUACCUGGAAAAAUGGUAAGAAUUCGUGGUAAAGUUCCUGAAAAUGCUAUCCGAUUUGCUAUUAAUUAUCAAUUGGGACCGAUAUUAAAUCCAAGAGAUGAUAUAGCCAUUCAUAUAUCACCUCGAUUUUCUGAUGGUGUUAUUACAAGAAAUCAUAUUGAAUCUAUGGCAUGGGGAGCAAACGAAAAUGAAGGUCCUAUGUGCAUACAACCUGGUCAAGAAUUUGAAAUAAUUAUUUUAUGUGAUCAUUUGAAUUAUAAAAUUGCUAUAAAUGGUAGGCACUUUGCAGAAUUUGCACAUCGAUUACCAUACCAGAAAGUAACGUAUUUAGUGAUCGAUGGUGAUGUUGAAAUAUUCAGCAUUAUGUAUGAAAAUGUACCCGUUGGAUCAGCACAUUCCUCAUUGCCUAUAUCAGUUCCAUCUGCAGAUUUUGGCCCUCCUCCACCAGGUGGUUUGUAUCCAAAUCUGGAUACAAAAUCUAUCGAAUCAGGUGGAUAUGGUCCUCCUCCUCCAGGUUAUGGUCCAACACCUUCUACUGGCCCAUCAAAUAGAAAUAAUCAAUCCGGUGAAGAAAAAGAUUCAUUUGGUGGUUUAUUCAGUAAUAUACCUUGGAGUGGAUUAGUUGCUGCAGGUAGUAUUGCUGCAAUAGAACAUGCCAAUAGAAAGAAAGAGGAGGAACGACUUGGAAAAUUAGAUGCUUCCAAUACAUCAACAAAGAGUGACAAUGGUUCAGGACUAUCAAGUACAUUUAUUGGUUUAGCCGCCCAUUUAGCAAACACUGCUUUACAAAGAAACUUACAUGCACAGCAAGGAUAUCCUUCUCAAGGACCUAAUGAUAAUGUUCUUGGAUCUAUCCUUGGAGCAUUAGGUGGGGCUGGAGCACAACGACCAGCAUAUCAGCCGCCUCCACCGACUAAUACUGACCCAUUAACUGGAGCAUUGGGAUCUAUUCUUGGUGGAGUUCUUGGAGGUGGUGGAAAUCAGCAACAACAACCGUAUCAACCAUCAGGAGGCUAUAGUGGAUAUUCAGCACCAUAUGGAUCUCAACAAGGAUCCAAUAGUUCAAACUUCUUGUCCGGUAUAGGUUCUGCACUUGGUUCAUCAUUACUAAGUUCUGCUAUAGAUGGAUUAAGUAAACAUGGAAAAGAUAAAUCUCAUGAACAUCCUCCAAGUUACGUAACACCAAAUCCCCCAAUGCCUUCUGCACAUAUGAAUAAUCCUUCAACGUCAGGAGGAAACAAAUUGACAGCAGAUGAAAUAUCUAAAGGACUUGGCCUUGAUGAUUAAAUGCUUAUUUUUAUAGAUGAGGUGAAAAAAAUUAGUUAAAAAAAUGCCUCUAAAUAAGAAAAAUUAUUGCGAAAAUUAUAUCAAAAUCAAUAUAUUGCUCUCUCUCUUUUUCUCUAUUUCUCUUUCAAAGAUCUGAAAUAUUAAAUUUUGCAUUUUAUAUACUUGCAAUUACAUUUGCAGUUUUUGUAUGGCUUAAGAAUAAAUCGUAAAUAUAUGCAAAUAAUUGAAGAAAAAAAGCAUGUGUAGAAGCCAAAAAAGGAUGCUUCUGAUUUAUAUAAAUGUCACGUUAAAAUAACAAAAAUAUCAGGUGCUUUAAAUAACAAAAAUAUCAAGUGUUACGUAUGUUAAUGUUAUUAAUUGCUAUGAGUUAACAAAUAUCCUAUAACAAGUUAUAAAGAAGUAAUAUGUUGUUAAUUAUUAAUAAAAUAGAAUAAUAGAUUGUUGGAAACGAACAAAGUGACCUCAUAUAUUUUCUUGUAUAAUUGCUACUUUCAUUUUUCGUUUCGAACGAUUACGUUCUUUCAAUACGUGCGAUGCACAACCAUCACAUUAUUAUUUAUUUUACUUUUGUUAUUCGUUAAUUCUUUUUAACUCAGGUUUUACUCAACAGCACAAAUGAAUUUAUCAAAUAUGUUGCUAUUUUUAUAACUUAUAUUUUUAUAAAGAAUUCAUGUUUUUGAAAGUAAUAUAUUUUAUCUUAUAUUUUAUACAAUUAUUUAAAAUGUUAUACACGUUGCUAAUUAUUGUACUUGUUUUAAAAAAUAAAUUAAAAGAAAUGAAAAAUAUUUCAUAAUAUAUACUUCUUAUUUUUACUUAUUCUUGAUCAAGAACUUCGGACGAAAUUAUUUCUAUAAUCUUAGAAUUGUUUUCCUAAAAUAUUCAAAGCGACAAUAUAUAAAAUUAUAUAAAUCAAUAUAUACAUUGCUGUAUACGUAAUGUAUGUAAACUUACAUUUGAUAUAGCUUUCAAAGCCUCUAGUUGUUCUUUUCUUUUUCUAUGAAAGAAACCCAAUUUAAUGAGACCCAGAAUAAUUAAUAUUAAAAGUAUGAUCCCAAGAAAUAUUGAUAAAGCUACUAUCCAAACGGCAACACGUUCGUUUAUUGGAGAUCCUUGGAAUUUUGUAAUUAUCAUGGUAGUAUCAGGUUUAUUUGUGCUUCCUUGAAUAACAUUGGAUGGUUGUGUGAUAUUUACAGUGCCUUUAGAUGCAAAUAAUAUAAUAUUUUUAUUUUCUAACAUGAAUGCUGAAAUAAAUAAAUAUAAGUGAAAAAUUAUAAAUAUUACAAUAUAAAUUAUUUAACAAAUAACCAUAGAAUCGUUAUAUAACUCACAUGGAAUAUUUAAUAAUUUAAAAUCUAAUGUAAUUAUGAGUUGAGCGACAGAUAAAGAACUUGUAAAAGGAUUUAAUUUACAUUCAACUUGUUUACACACAAUCAUUGGAUUACUACAAUUAAUGAACAGUAUUCUGUUUUCAACGGGUGUAUUUAUUACCAAUUUUUCCAUGUUAGUCAAAUUUUCUUCAUAUUUGAUCUUUGUUUCAUUUCUUGUAUAAAUAUUAACUGAUUUAUUAUUUAUAUCAAAUUCAUCGAUGAAUUCAUUAAUGGUUUCCCUCUUGAAAGUUUUACAAUUUUUACAAUGAUCCAAAUCAUUGAUUUUUAAUUUAAGAAUAUUACCAUCCAUAUGAGCAAUUGUUUGAUUUAUAUUAAUCAAUUCUAUAUCAUAAUCUUUAUUUUUCCAAUAUGUUGGAAUUUCUACCAUUAAGAUAGCUUCAUUAAUUGGACUUCUUCCAAACUUUUGUACUUCAUAAAUAUGUUUAAAUUUAAUAUUUUGUGAAUUUUGUUCAUCUUUCCGAAAGUACGAAUAUACAUUGUCUUGUGCUUUUCUAAAAUAGAUAAUUUUUAUUAUAAAAAUGUUAUGUCAUAACAUAUCGAUAAGUAUUAUAAUACUAACCCUGCUAUAGCUAUAUCAACAUCAAUAUCAAAAUAAAUUGUCAUAGUAUAGUUCUUAUCUAAUUGAUUUAUUUCUUCACUCUGAGUAGUAACGUUUGCAUAUAAUUCCAAACUCUUAACAUCAAAACGAAUCUUACUUGUAUCCAAUUCUAAUAUCAUUGUUUCCUGAGAUGAUUAAUUAUUUAAUAUUAUUAUUAAUUUACAUAAUGAUGUAAUUAAAAGAAAUAAAACUUACAUUGGUUGCAUUGGUAA